GCACGUAUUCACACGGCAUUAGCCAACGACUCGUCAAAAGCACGCCAAAGCAAACACUGGUGCCAUGCUUUCGAACUGGUCGAUUUCGUAGUCACGCUGUUCCAGAAGCAAACCGCAUAACUGUGACCAUGGGUGCUUCCACAACCAUAGCGGAUGUGCUCGGAGGAGUCCUCGCGCUGGCGUACACAGUCAUCAGUGCAUUGUGCGUCGCAAUGUCGCCAAUGAUGUUUGACGCCCCCGGCUCCACGAAGAACGCACUGGCGCGACUGCUCUUCCUGACUGUGCUCCCCGCGCCCAUCUGUGGUGGCGUGUCGAUGUACCUCGCCGUCAGCCGCGUGCUGGCCCUGCGGCCGACGCCGGGGCCCCCGGCGGCGCCACCGGCCUCGUUCGGUCGGGAGCUGCUGCUGGUGCUGACACCCGUGCUAGUGCAGCUGGUUGCAUUGGCGUCGGCCAUAGUCCUUAUCCAGGUGCUGCAGGGAGGGAGCCUCAGCGCUCCAGACCGGCAAAGCAAAGCUCCCGGUAGCUCCGCAUCUGUGGGCGGUGGGAACACGUUUGACAAAGUACCGUAACAUUAGGCGUCUCGUUGAUUGGCCUGUGUCGUAGCUGGUCGUAGUGACUUGCUAGGUUCUGUCAUAUUGGUGCCGUAUGUUUCCAAUCUGGAGCGUUUUCAUGACAACCUGCAGUGGGCCAUGUGGCUCGGUGUGUUUGCAUGUGCUAUCCUUCUGUUCGGGCAAUCUUGUUGUACAACCCAAUGUGUGUAGGAGAGCAAACGGCAAGGCGGGGGGCAAAGACCGUGUACGUAAUGCGGGUGUAUGAGGCAUCAGUGUGUGAGUGUGUGUGCUUAGGGGAAAGGGAACGUGUGACUUGUGUGAUGGUUCGUGCACCGAGACGGUCCCCUCGGCCGCGCGUUGCGUCUACUGUCGCAUUUCUCCGCACUUUGAUGACGGUGCACCUGCGGUAGCCAUUCUUUGCUGGGGCCGAUCUCUGCCUGCUUGACUGCUUCACUCAUCUGCUCCCAUGUAUCAUAUUUUGGGCUGACCCCCCGAGCGUAACGAAGUAACGAUCCAGGGGGGGGCGAACUGGCGAAGCCCCCAGGAUCGCCCAUGUCCGUGCGUGCCUGCCUGCCUGCCUGCGUGCUGUGCGUGGCUAGCGGAGUUUCUGGUGUUGCGGUAGAUGCGCUGCAGGUACAAAUUGCCACCGGCUAUGUCCGGCGGGAGACAAGAUAGAAGCUUGCGGCCUCAGACUACUAGAGACGUGGCGUGGGCGCAGCCAGUGCUCGUAUAUAUCUUCCAGGUACACGUCGAGAUUUGCCCAAAAUUCGCCGAAGGCGAAGAAGAUUUUGGAAUUUUGGGCCGCGCUUCGACAUUUUGGCGCAGAGGUGGCGGUAUCUGAUGACGUUUUGGGGGCGUACAUGCCGCGGGAGGGUUAUUGACGUGCGUUGCGGAACUAAUGCGUACAUCAGGGGGGGGGGGUUAGGAAACAAAGUGCCAGACCCCAUGCCCCGAAAUCCCCCGGGACCCCCCUUGAGGGGACGACCGACCCCCUGACGGACAAAACCUUGUUGUUCAGGGGUUAAAACCCCUCCAUUUAAUACCAAAGC